ACGGUACGUACGUGUAUAGGGGUGAAGUAGUUGUCUGGAACGCUAAUAAACUGCUGCUGACUGCUAGAUUUGGAGCAUCUUUCAUAUUAUCUUUGGUUUAGCGAAGGGAGCACGUGUGUUUACAAAUGAAGUAUGUAAUAGCAGACACUGAUAUUUACGUUGUGAUGUGCGUAAUGAGAUACUGCUCUUAAGCUGUUUGUAUGUCGUGUAUUAUUCGCCGUGUGACAAAAAUUUACCCGAAUUUUUGUGUAAAAUGGAUUUUAAUGAGAGCAUUUCGAUAAAUGUUGGAAGUUUUUCUUCUGAUGUCGACAACAUAUCGAAGGUUGGAAAGACACGUUUAACAGUACCUUCUGCGGUUUCCAACAAAGGUAUGGUAAAGAAAGCUGUUAAGCACAAGAGAAAAUUUUCCAAAGUUGAAGGUUUCGAUAGGGAAACUGUUAGUGAUUCACGCCUGGAUGAACAAAAAUCUGCACAUAUUCAGUCAGAGAAAUCUACCAGUUCCAUACCUAAUGCCACAGAACGUUUUAAGAGAAAGAAAUCUAAUGUUGCCAAGAAUAGAGAUGACUUUCCUGAGCAUGGAAUCGAGGUGGACACAAAAGAAACCCAAUUUCGAGCAAGGAUGUUGGAGAAACAGCCCACAGAACCAGUGAAGGAAAUUUUAUUUUCUACAGAGGAAUUUAAAUCAUUGCCUAUUCAUCCUUUUACUGUCUCUAACUUGAACCAAAAUAUGAAUAUAAAUAAGUUAACUAUGGUUCAGAAACUGACAAUACCAACCAUAUUAUCAGGUGUGGAUGUUUUAGUUAGAUCACAGACAGGUAGUGGCAAAACUUUAGCAUACGCUGUGCCUAUAAUUGAAGCUUUGCAAAAAAUAAGACCAAAGCUGUCACGAAAGGAUGGUGUCCAUGCCCUCAUUAUCGUGCCAACCAGGGAAUUGGCUCUACAGACUUAUGAAGUAUUCCUCAAACUUCUUAAACCAUUCACAUGGAUAGUACCCGGAUGCCUGAUGGGUGGCGAAAAGCGGAAAUCAGAGAAAGCACGGCUAAGAAAAGGAAUAACUAUAUUGGUGGGCACACCUGGGCGACUUUUAGAUCAUGCUAACAAAACUCGUGCCCUGAGGUUUGAUCGUACCUCAUGGCUGGUUGUAGAUGAAGCAGACAGACUGUUUGAACUGGGCUAUGAACGUGACAUUAAUGCCUUGCUGCAGUUGUUGGAUGAUCACCGGAAAGAAUAUGAAUUGUGUUAUGGUGCUGGAUAUGGUAGCAUUCUUCGUCAGAGUGUACUCCUCUCUGCAACACUUACACCAGCUGUUAAAAAUCUUUCUAAUCUUGCUCUAAGAGAUCCGACAUACAUUGAGACUGCUGAAGAAGGUGGAACUGAAGUAAAGAAGGAUACAGAUAUCACCCUGCCUUCAACUUUAUCUCAGUACUUUAUGAUGACACCAGCAAAACUUCGCCUUGUCAGUCUCAUUGCAUUCAUUGUCUGCAAAUGUCAGUUCAGUGAAGAAAGGAAGAUCAUAGUGUUCUGUGGAACACAAGAUAUGGUGGACUUCCAUACAGACAUAUUCUCAGUAGUUCUGAAUGAUACUUCAGCUGCCAUUGGUAAUAUAUCAUCUGAGGAUGACAUAUCAGAUGAAGAGAGUGAAUCAAACUCAUUGAAGAAAAAGAAGAAACUUAAAACACCGCUUGUUGUCAAACAAGAUGAAGAAGAAGGAGCCCUUGCAGAUAUUGACGUUUUCCGGCUGCAUGGACAUAUGUCUCAGCAGGAAAGAACAGAAGUUUUCAAAACAUUUAGGAGUGCCUCGCGUGGUGUGCUUUUCUGCACAGACGUGGCGUCCCGCGGCCUGGACCUGACGCUGGUGGACUGGGUGGUGCAGCUGUCGCCACCGCAGUCCGUGUCGCACUACGCGCACCGAGUGGGCCGCUCCGCUCGCGUCGGCGCCCACGGCUCUGCUUUGCUCUUCCUCGUCGAUUCGGAGCUCGAGUUUGUCGAGAAACUCCACGAAGCUCGCAUCAGUUUAGAGGAGCAAGAGAUGUCCACCUACUUCGAGUACUUAAAGAUGGCCGUUAAUGCUUCGCCGAGAUGGAAAAGUGAGCUGGAAACGUACCUUCAUAAAGCAGAAACUGUAGCAGUAGGUCUCCAGCACUCUCUUGAAGACAUCGUGUUAAACGACGAGAAACUUAAGCAGAAGGCAUGUAAAGCCUAUACAUCGUGGAUGCGCUUUUACUCGAGCUACCCGAAGGAAGUGCGGUCUAUCUUCAACAUGAAGCGGGUGCACCCAGGGCACUUCGCGUCCAGCUUCGCGCUGCGCAUGGCUCCGUCGCAGAUCGUCCGCUGCUCCAAGGGCCUGCCGACUACCCCACUCCCGCCCAGGCCGAAGAAGACAAACUCGCCCGUCAAGAGGCCACAGCAGCCGAUGUCAACAGUUUCCGAGUAUGACAGCGGGUUACCAGCCAUCAAAAAACGACGUAAAUCUGGAAUAAAAUAAACGAUCGAUGAACAGAAAAGAAAAGAAA